UUUCUGUUAUUGCACAUAUAAAAGCCUCGAGAAGGCUGUAUUAUUUAACAAAACUAGUUGCUAGACAACUUUCCUUGCAAUUUCCUACGCGACACAAGCAAAUUCAUAUUCACUACCUACAAUUGUCGCUUGACCGCUUAGAUAAUCCUUUGCGGCUUGCAACGUUUUAGCCAGAUAAAGUUAUAAAUUUUACAUUUGACAGCAGCUGGCUCCGGAAGGGAUCGCAGCGUAUCUCUAUGGGCGUUUGGUGGCAAACAGUAAAUGUGCACACUUUAUUCUCCACUCAGCUAAUUGCUUGUAAACAACAAUAAGUGAAUGGAGCGAGCAGCUUUGUACAGAAUUGAAAUUUACUAUUAGCUCCUGACAAAGCAUGGAAGCCGAUGGACGACGGCAGCAAUUAAAGUGCAAUAAGAUUGUAGCAAAUGCAGCUUCUUGGUUUCUGUGAAAGUUGGUUGCAAAGUGGAAAGGAGUCGCUUUGGUCGGAUGUAAGCAGUUAAGUGCCACUGGCAACGCUUGCAAACAACCACCCAAAUGGUCACCAUAACAACCUUGCCACCUAUUGUUUAAUCAAUGAGUUCGUUCCAGCCAACUGGAGUCUAACUGCAGUUCAACUACAAAUUGGCAUGCGGGUAGAAAAAGUAAACAAAAUUGACUUAAUUUGAAAAUUCUUGAAAAAAGGCAAAUAACAGCAGAAAACAAAUUUCCUAUCAAAUAAAGAAAAACGGUUCGAAAAACUCCAGCAAAACAAUGUCACUUUUCGAAAAUCCCGAUCACAUACGCAUGUUGCGCGACUUACUCACACCACCUGAGGAGCGAGACAACUCUGACACCGAUGACGACGAACCAAUUGCCAGCACCGGCAUACGCAACAAUCUCACACCCGCAAAUAUUGGCAAAGACAGCAAUGAAGCGGGCGGCAAACAAAAACCAGCGCAGACCGAAAAUGCACCUGAGCGACCAGUGCCAGCCAGCAUUGAAGAAUGGCAGCAACAGCAGGCGCGGGAAGACGCCGAGGUUUUAGAGACACGCCAGCGACCAGAGUACAAUAUGACCUAUCGGCAAGCGGUGGGCACAGAGGACCUUUACUUGCAGAUGGGCAAUCGCACUAAUGCCACGGCCAGUUGUGAGGAUUUGCUGCUAGAAAUACUGCUGCCGAACGAGACGACACCAGCGGAUAAAAUGGAUUUGUCAAUUACCGAAGAUGAAGUGGAUUUGGCGACGCCAAUUUAUCGCCUCAAAUUGCCACUGCCGCACAAGGUGAAUGUGGAUCGUUGCAAGGCCAAAUACGAUGCCGAACUGCGCAAACUCUGUCUGAUUUUGCGACUGCAACGUGAAUUCGAUUAUGUGAACUUUUAGAAGCACCGAGGCUAAGCUGUCCGGCCCGUUUGCCGCUACCACUAACUACUGCGCCAAAAAAUUUAUGCAUUGCAGUGGAUUUGUUUUUCGCUCUAUUUUGUAUGCAAUAAAUGUUGUUGUGCAGCUAAUA